AUGGCGUCGUCGGAGAACGUAGCGAGCAUGAUGGAGCCCUGGGCCUUCAGGACCAACACGUUCGCCGACUCGUGGAUCUCCGAGACCUUCUCGCGCGACACCAAAACCCUCACCAGGGCCCUCCAGAAGUCUCUCUCCAACAACCCAGAAUCGCUAGAUUCUUCCUCCGAUAUGUUCAUGCCGUUUCUUAACAACAUCCUCCAACCCGAAACGGCGACCACCCCUACUGUUUCGGGGCUGUCCGGCUCGGAGGAUCCCGAUACGAGCCCAGCGCCGCCGAAACGCCAGCAGCGAAACGCGAUUCCGGUGUCCGGUGCUGGUGGCGGCAAGGUUUCGAAACGCAAGUCUCGCGCGGCGAAACGGUCCCAGACGACUUUCAUCACGGCGGACCCGAGCAACUUCCGCCAGAUGGUGCAACAGGUGACCGGCGUUAGAUUCGGUAACGAGCAAGUCCCCUUGCCGUCGAUUCUGAAGCCGGAACCUCAGAGACCCGGUAGCCGGUUACCCGGGAUUGGCUGCUGCAUGCCGACCCUUGACACGUCGGCGUUUCUCCUUGAGCAUCACAAUCAGCAGCAGCAGCAGCUGGUAGGGCCCACGACGAUGACGGGGGCUGGGCUCAACACGACAUUGACUGGGCUUGGCCCAACGUCGUUUGGGCAGACGAGUAUUGGUGAAGACGUAGCAUCGGCAGGUGGCGUUGCGUCUGGGGGAUUAGGUUUUGACUCCUUUUCGAGCUUUCCCACUUUGGAGUCCUGGAAGGUCAUGUGA